AUUCGUGAAGCGUUCCAUAUUUUAAAAAAUAACAAUAAUAAUAAUAAAUGACUUUGGCAUCCCUUUAUCUUGCCAUUAUUUUGUUUUGGUGCUUUAACUAAAAAUUUAACCAUGAAGAGAGUAUGUAUAACUCAGUUUUCUUAGUGGUCUUAUACUUUUAAAUCUUUGGUGAGAAACUAUGAGGCUUUCCAAACGACAGCUUGUUUCAAAUGAAAAUCCUUUCCCAAACUUAUAAAAGUAUGCAGUUUCUUCAAUUCCUACAUGUUUCUUUGGAUAUUGGACAAUAUCCUUGAGAUCAUAUCCUUAAGAGUAACUUUUGUAUACCUGAUUCCAAAAGGUUUAACAUUUUUAUUAGUUAAUAAUAGUUGGAACAAAUCGUACUGAUCCCUGAGACAGCUUUAGGAAAUUUGCUGCUUUGUGUGCUUUGCCAAAGAAAAUUUUAAAAGUCUUUGGAAUUAUAAUAAUGAACUCUGCAUUUUAUUAUAGAAUAUGCUUCAUAGUUCUUCCAGUUUCUUAUUACUCAAUCAUUACUUGAUUACAUUUAAUUAGAUUUUUGGUGUUUGCCUGAAUCAUUUGAAAAUAAAAGUCAUUUAUGAAUUAGUCAAUAAAAUCCAUUUUAAUACUAUCAUUUGCAAGUCAUUUCAUCUUCUUGAUAGGUUUGUUUUUUUUUGAGAAACUGCUCAAAACCUGACUGCUAAAAACUAGUACUUCUAUGUAUAAAUAGUCUUGUGUUUUAGUGCAAAUUGCAUUAUAAGAGUAGAACUUUUAAGUAGGGAAGAAUGUGCCCUGUUGGGAUGUUAAUUAAGCCAUGGGGGGGAGGGAGGAGGGAAUGUAGUUAAUGUUAAAAGUUUUAGCUACUAUAAAGAGAAUUGUGUGCACAUUUUAAUUUUGGCAUCAAUCGCUAUUUGGUGUACUUAGUUUUUAGAAACUAAAGAAAAGUUUUUUAAUGCUGUUCAUUUUGUUAUUUUAAAUAAAAAUCAUUUAAAACAAAAAGAUCGUUUGAAUGUUUAAGAACAAGUCCCUCAUAUAUUUAACUUCUUUAUACCAUUGGAAAUUAUGCCAUUUUUUGUGGACUCCAAAGGCAAAGGUUCUUUAUGUUCUGAUGUUUGAAAUUAAUAAAUACCUACUUGUUAAAUAUUUAACCAUUUAACCACACCACACAUUUAAUGUUCAGGAAGAUAAGUUUUGGGGCAGCUAAUAGCGCAGGGGAUAGAUAAGCCAGGAGAACCUGAGUUCAAAUGUGGUCUCGGACAUUUAAUACACUCUGGCUGGGCAAGUCACUUAACCCCAAUUACCUUACCUCCUCCCCCCCCCCCAAAAAAAAAAAGAAAAGAAAAAAUUUCCUACAGGAAGAUAAGUUUCUUUGCAAAAUGAACACUUGAGAAAUAGCUUAUACUUAACACAAAUUUUAUUCUUGAGGGGAGAGAGUUUGGAAUUUGCCUAAAGCUUAAAUGUAGAAUGGGGAUGGAGUUUAUAAGCUGUGGUUUUUAAAAGAGGAAAAGGAUGAAUGCAUUGCUAGGUAUUCAAAAGUGCAGAAUGUGAUAUAUUAAAGUAUUUGACUUUUCCUUUACUUAAAAUUGUAGGGUAUCAUCUUAAGCUUGUUGGGAUUGAUUGGUUGGUUGUUAUCCUUCGUUUUCUGAGAGAACCAAAAUGAUAUUACCGUCAGUCAGACUGGUUAAUCAGACCAAUACAAAAUCAGAAUGCUCUGCCACAGGUUGGACACAAAGUCUCUACGAACAUUUGGGGUGGAUUCUCUAACUUUGUGCAUCUCCAGUUUCUUCUGAGUGAAUUCAAUUCUGCUUUGCUCAUAGAGCACAGCGCCUUUUUUUUAAAAGGGCCCAUCAUGCUGAGCAAUCCUGUGCCAAUAUCUCCCAUGUCAUACAAUCGAUUAUAAAGUUUUUAAGAAAGACCUUCAGAGUAUGCUUGUGUUAUGGCUUUUCCUGACCACUUCAUGAGCACUUGCUCUGUGUGAGUUCUCCAUAAAAUAGUCUUUUUGGCAAGCAUAUAUUUGGCAUUAGAACAAUAUGGUCAGCCCAAUGGCUUUUUUUUACUGUCCAAGUUUCACAGGCACAUAACUAUGAGGUCAGCACAAAAGCUCUAUAGACUAAUAAUUCUCUCCCUCACUUCCUUUCUCCAAAACCCUGAGCUAGCUCUGGCAAUGCAUGUGUCAAUAUCAUACUUGGUUCCCCAUCCCUGGUUUAGAUGAUUUUUAAAUCAGUAGCAGAAUUUGUUAUCUGCAAUAAUGAGAAACUCUUUAAAAAUAGAACUACUUUUUAAACAUUUUGAGGAUCUUGAUAAAAAAAAAAGUGUAGUGAAAAGUUUUACAUAUAUGGGGUAUAAGAACUGAACUUAGAUAAAUUAUUCUUUUAGGUCUUAAGUUUCCUCAUCUCUAAAAGAAAAGUUGGACUUGGACUUUCCAAAGUACCAACUAGCUCAUGCUAUGAACUUAACUGCUUUUCUAAAUAACACCUUGCUGAUCUGGAAUUAUGCCCCAAAAGUUAUCAAAUUGUGCAUACCCUUUGAUCCAGCAGUGUUUCUAUUGGGCUUAUAUCCCAAAGAAAUACUAAAGAAGGGAAAGGGACCUGUAUGGGCCAAAAUGUUUGUGGCAGCCCUGUUUGUAGUGGCUAGAAACUGGAAAAUGAAUGGAUGCCCAUCAAUUGGAAAAUAGCUGGGUAAAUUGUGGUAUAUGAAUGUUAUGGAAUAUUAUUGUUCUGUAAGAAAUGACCAGCAGGAUGAAUACAGAGAGGACUGGCGAGACUUACAUGAACUGAUGCUAAGUGAAAUGAACAGAACCAGGAGAUCAUUAUACACUUCGACAACGAUAUUGUAUGAGGAUGUAUUCUGAUAGAAGUGGAUUUCCUUGACAAAGAGACCUAACUCAGUUUCAAUUGAUAAAUGAUGGACAGAAGCAGCUACACCCAAAGAAAGAACACUGGGAAACGAAUGUGAACUAUCUGCAUUUUUGUUUUUCUUCCCGGGUUAUUUUUACUUUCUGAAUCCAAUUCUCUUUGUGCAACAAGAGAACUUAUCAGUUCUGCAAACAUAUAUUGUAUCUAGGAUAUACUGUAACAUAUUUAACAUAUAUAGGACUGCUUACCAUCUAGGGGAGGGGGAGGAAGGAGGGAGGGGAAAAUCGGAACAGAAAUGAGUGCAAGGGAUAAUGUAAAAAAAUUACCCUGGCAUGGAUUCUGUCAAUAUAAAGUUAUUAUUAAAUAAAAUAAAAUAUUAAUAAAUAAAUAACACCUUGCUGGACUUUGAUUUAAAAGCUAUGUAUUCAGUAUUUAAAUCAAAUGAUCUUGGAUUCUAACAUUUUUGCUCCGUUUAUGAAGAUAGAAACACUGCAGUGUGUAAACAUUGGAUAGACCUAAGAACUUAACUUGGUGGAAUAGCUAGGUAAUACAGUGCAGAAAGUACCAGUCGGGAGGACCUGUGUUCAAAUCCAGCUUUAGACACAAAACUUCCUAGCUGUGUGACCUUGGGCAAAUCACAACUCCUCUUGCCUUACCAAAAAAAGAAAAAGAAAAAAAUGGAGACCAAUACAACAAUGACUGAAUAAUUAACCCAGAUAUGAAAUGAUGUGAUGUUAUAUUUUUAAGUACUCUGCUAAACUCAAAGAAUUAAUAACUGGCUGUUUGUUAGGGGAAUUCACUUCUACAAAAGAGGAUUAAGCCAGGUCACAGGAUUUACAUUUGGCUGACAACUUUAAACCUCUAGUCCAACAUCCUAUGAUGAAAUUGAAGGGAGAAGGGGAUAAGGUUGCCUAAACUUCUAAAGUGGCUUUCUCCACUGCUGCAUACUGCCUAUUUUUCUUGGUAGUUCUUCAAAGUAAUUUUAAAUGACAGUAUAGCUCCACUUUAAAAAAGAUUAAGAAAACCCACAAAUAUGAACACAUACAUAUAUACAAAGGUGAUUAAAAAUGGCAAUCAGGUACGACACCACAAAUGUAAAAAAGUGUUUUUAAAAUGAUAUUUAGCAUAGUAUAGCCAUCACCCUAUUUGACUUUUGCUGACAAUUUAUUUUUGUAUACAUUUUGUCACAGUCUUCCAUGUUCCUUGAUAAUGAAAGCCAUCUUUGGCAACAAAUGUCAAAACUAAGCAAAUUUAUAUUGUAAUGUGUGUGUUGGAAAAUUUACCUCAUUCCACAGUUAACUAGGAAUCAUUUCUUGGGAUUGGUGUUUUGUCAUUGAUGAGGGUUCUGGGUCUUAAAUUCUGUUUUUUAUUGUUUUUGCGAUGCCUCCGUCUGGUUGGUCGUUGCACAAAUAGUUCUAUUUCUGUUCAGAAUAUCAGUUGAGUGAAUGAAAAAAGGAUUUAAGCACUUCUAAACCAAGUACUGUGUCUUUAAAAAUUGUGUCCUAUUUUUAAUGUACCUUUUGAGGAAAGUUACCAUUUCCUUCCCCAGCUCAUUUUACAGAUGAGGAAACUGAGGCAAAUAGAGGUAAGUGACUUGCCCAGGAUCACACUGCUAGCAAAGUCAAGAUUUUCAUUCAAAAGAACAUUUUGAUCUGACACUCUGCCCAGUUACCCUCAAGUUCCGCGGAUCCCCAAAGUUCUAUGUAGCCCUUAAUCCACGAUCCUGAUAACUGUCACACAUCUUCUGAACAUCCCGGUAACCCUCUGAUGUAGGUAUUAUUAUCAUGUUCAUUUUACUGACGAAGAAGAGGAGGCAGAAGGAACUUAAGCCAAUUGUCCAGGGUCACAAACUAGGAAGUAUCGAAGGAGCAACCUGAAUUCGGGCCCUGUGGCCGACUCCCAGUCCGCUGCCUCUGCCACCUCAUUCCCCUCGAGAAUAAAGGGAUUGGUGUAACUAGCAGCUUUCCACUUUUUAAAAAUGUUAGGUUUGCAAGGAGACGUAAUCUUUUUGAAUUUGACGUGAGUUUGUAGUUUACUAAUUGUUAAUUUCGAAUAAGGUUAAAAAAAAAAAUUGGGAAGGGGCGGGGGAAGACCCGUUGAACCACUAAACAACCGCAGCUUCUUGGUGGCCUUGCGGGAUGCUGGCCCACCGGCGCCCAGAACGCAGGUCGGACCCGAACGGACCUUGACCGUUCCGAGGCGCGGUGUGAUCAGGCUGACUGGGGCCGGAGUCAGGUAGACCUAGUCUGGUAUCGACUCCUCUCCUACACUCCGCCCUCCUCCCCCACCCCGUGCCUGCUGCCCCCGAGCCGUCACUACGUUCCUUUGGGUCUCAUUUUCCGUCUCUGUAAAGCGCCGGGCCCGAGUCACCCCAGGGGCCCUUCCCACGAUUAGUUUUUCAGGAGCUAUUUUAGUUCUUUCCUUCUCACGUCCUGCCCACAGGGGUUUAUGAUUUCUGGAGGCGGAGGAGGGAGGGUCCGCGGCGCCGCCUUCAGUCCCAGCCUGGAGGCGGGCGGCUCCGGGCUCCGAGGCUCCGAACGGCCCAACAGAGGGCCCGAGGCCCAUCGGGUCCCGCCCCGGGGCGGGGGGGCGGCUGCCGGCCCCGUGGCCGAGGCUCUUCCGCGCCGGCAGGGGCAGUAGCGGGAGCAGGAGCGGGAGCGAGCGACGAGGAGCCGAGGAGCGCUGUCGCCGUCGCUGUCGCCUCGGCCGCCGUUUGGAGGAGGCUGCGCGGGCGGGCGGGCGGGAGGGAAGGAGGAAGGGAAGCAGCUCGGGGACCUGCGAGCCGAGGCCCGGGGCCCUGGGCCUCCAUCCCCGCAGCCAUGCCGCUGCUCUUCCUGGAGCGCUUCCCCUGGCCCAGCCUCCGUACCUACACGGGCCUCAGCGGCCUGGCGCUGCUGGGCACCAUCGUGAGCGCCUAUCGCGCCCUCAGCCAGGCUGAGCCGGGCCCCGGCGCCGGCCCGGGAGAGUCCGAGGCGCUCAGUUCGCCGCAGCAGCCGCCGCCGCCCCAGCCGCCGCCGCCCAGCUCCCCGCCGGGCCCCGGGGGUCCCCGGGCCCGAGACGUAAUCCAGUACCUGCUGUCCGACAGCCUGUUCGUUUGGGUCUUGGUAAAUACUGCUUGCUGUUUCUUGAUGUUGGUGGCCAAGUUAAUCCAAUGUGUUGUAUUUGGUCCUCUUCGAGUGAGUGAGAGGCAGCACCUAAAGGACAAGUUUUGGAACUUUAUCUUCUACAAGUUCAUUUUCAUUUUUGGUGUGCUGAACGUCCAGACAGUGGAAGAAGUAGUAAUGUGGUGUCUCUGGUUUGCUGGACUUGUGUUUCUGCAUCUGAUGGUGCAACUAUGCAAAGACAGGUUUGAAUAUCUUUCAUUUUCUCCUACUACACCAAUGAGCAGCCAUGUCCGAGUGCUUACUCUUCUGAUUGCUAUGCUGCUCUCCUGUUGUGGAUUAGCUGUUGUCUGCUGUGUGACGGGCUACACACAUGGAAUGCACACACUGGCCUUCAUGGCUGCAGAGUCUCUCCUUGUGACAGUGAGGACUGCUCAUGUGAUUUUACGUUAUGUAAUUCACCUCUGGGAUCUCAAUCAUGAAGGGACUUGGGAAGGAAAGGGCACUUAUGUGUAUUAUACGGAUUUUAUUAUGGAGCUCACUUUGUUAUCUCUGGACCUUAUGCACCAUAUUCACAUGUUGCUGUUUGGCAACAUCUGGUUAUCCAUGGCCAGCUUGGUGAUCUUUAUGCAACUACGUUAUCUGUUCCAUGAAGUUCAACGUCGAAUCCGUCGCCAUAAGAAUUACUUGCGUGUAGUUGGAAAUAUGGAGGCCAGGUUUGCAGUUGCAACUCCUGAAGAACUAGCUGUCAAUAAUGAUGAUUGUGCCAUCUGCUGGGACUCAAUGCAGUCUGCAAGGAAACUGCCCUGUGGACACCUCUUUCACAACUCCUGCCUUCGCUCUUGGCUUGAACAGGAUACCUCCUGUCCUACCUGCAGAAUGUCUCUGAAUAUUGCUGACAAUAAUCGAAUCAGAGAAGACCAGCAAGGGGAGAAUUUGGAUGAGAAUUUGGUGCCUGUGGCAGCAGCUGAAGGCCGACCUCGCCUAAACCAGCAUAAUCACUUUUUCCACUUUGAUGGUUCCCGAAUUGCUAGCUGGCUGCCCAGUUUUUCAGUGGAAGUGAUGCAUACCAACAAUAUCCUUGGCAUUACUCAAGCAAGCAAUUCUCAGCUUAAUGCAAUGGCUCAUCAGAUUCAAGAAAUGUUUCCCCAGGUACCAUAUCAUCUGGUUCUGCAGGAUUUACAACUGACACGGUCAGUUGAAAUAACAACAGACAAUAUUUUAGAGGGACGAAUUCAAGUACCUUUCCCUGCACAGCGGCCAGACAGCCUUAGACCUGCAUUGAACAAUUCUGUAGAGAGGUCAAAUGACCAAGAAGAGAAUGAAAUUUCUACUCAGGCUGAGCGUGGGCCCCUGGACCUCAGUCCCAGGUUGGAAGAGAUAGCCGACUUCAGUGAGGCGGAGGCCGAGCCCAGCGAGGUGGAGGACUUUGAAGCUCGGGGGAGCCGCUUCUCCAAGUCGGCCGACGAGCGCCAGCGGAUGUUAGUGCAGCGGAAGGAUGACCUGCUGCAGCAGGCGCGGAGACGUUACUUAAACAAAACUUCUGACGAUGACCCAGCCUCAGAGAGCUGUCUACUCUCGGAGAGCCCAUCCUCUGAUCCUGUGACCCAACGCCGUAGGAUGUUGGCUGCUGCUGCUGAACGAAGACUUCAGAUGCAGCAGAACUCCUAGCGUUCUCUUUUGCCCUCCUCUGCCACCUCCUCAUGAGCAGUGUGCUGAGCUGCUGUACUUCAUCCCAGCAGGAAGAGGCCUUUCCCUGUUCUGCCAGCCACGUGGAGGAGUGGGCUUGACUGCAUUGCCGCUGUAUAAAGCAUGUGGUCUUACUAGUGUUUGGACAGCUGACAAAUUUAAUCUUUUUUUGUAACAUUUUCUAUGUGACACUUCUUCAGUUCCCUUGCCCACUCUGGGGGGAAAAAAGCCAAUUUUAAUUUUAAGCAUUAUCUUUGCUGGCACUGACUAAACUGCCAGGUUGGGUUGGAGUAGCAAAGGGUGGCUAGAGAGGACAGCCAGAGCCUGGGUGAUCAGGCAGCUUAAAUUACUUGCUUUAUACAUAGGUCACUGAAGGUACUAGUAUCUUAGUUCAAAAUAUGGCAAGGAACAUGCACAGAAAAAUUCAUAGAAUACUUACUCAAUCAGCUAGCAAGCCUCUACUUACCACGGAGGCAUUCAUUAUGUUACAAAGACAACCCCCACAACACUUUUCCCUCUUAGGAAAGGAGGGAGGGGCGUUUGAGGAAUCAUGAAAAAUGAGUCCUUAAUAUGGCAGCAGAAACAAGGGUUGUUUGGCUAUAUGAUUGAAAGAUGAAAAUAAAUAGCUUGCUUUGUGCAGGAAAGUAACACCCUAUUUGAUCUAGACCAUCAGUGGGCUUAACCUUUAUACACCUCUUUGCCCUAAGCUGAUUUUAUUUCCGUUAACUCUGGUGCUGCAUCCCUCAUGUAUUCAUCCGUGUGUCCUUUCAUUUUUCUUCUAUUCAUUUCAUUGCCAUCUUUAGAUGUUGGGAAAGUCAGCACCAAAAGGGUUAAACAGUGAGCACUAGUUUGGAUUUUUGACAGUGUUAAAGUAUGUUUGUUAAUUGGAAAGUCUGUGGGUUUGGUCCUUGGAGUGACAAAAAACAUAGGUAUAGUAAAUGAGACAGUCAUUAUCAAAGGGUUUUGUUGAAGAAAUAAAGAAAAGUUUGGUGUCUUGAGCCCUUAAUUUUGGUAACUACUUCAGUUAACUUAAUCAUACUUAAAAAGAUAAGACCUGCCUUCAAAGGAGGUCCCAUUCCCUAACCUUUUCACACAUUUAAUGUUGAGCUGAAACACAAUCAUAGUUACACACUUUACUUUGUCCCAUUGGAGUAACUUUUAAAAAUUAAACAUAAUCUUUAUCACAAUCCUUUCCAGAAGUAUCCAGUAUUAUCUAGAAUUAUUGGCAAAGUUAAAUGGUUUGGGGUUUUAAAAGGCAAGUUUUUAGGCUGUUUAAAGGUAAUUGGAAAAAGGGUGGAAUAGUAAAUAUGUAGGCAAAGGUAAUUUAUUUCAAUAAAUCUUUCAAAAGCCUUACAUUGCAGUGCUGUUUAGUAAAAUUUUGGAAACUGCUAUGAUUUUUUUGUUUUGUUUUGCUGAGAGCAUAGUUAUUUUGUUUCUGUUUUUGUUGUUAAAAUAAUAAAAAGCAAAUUAUUCUGGGUGUGUCAUGGUUGGAAUCUAAGCCCUUUCUCAGAGAUAGCAACUUUGAAUCACAUUUUAGUUUCUAUGUGUCAUUCUCAUUAAAAUGUUUUUCGAUAAAGCCA